UAAUGAUUAAGUGACAGAAGAACCUCUUUUAUGAAAGUCCAUUGUGAACAUAUUCGCCAUCACGCGAGAGCAAAUCGCCGGGAUGCGUACCAGAAAAUGCAAGUAAUCGGGUCGUCGCGUUAAGAAAAGUGAGUGUCCGUUCGUCCUGCGUGAUAGACGCGGGGAUUCCGAUAAAAAAAAAGUAUUAUCCGGGUCGAAUCGAAGCGUGCUAGAUUUGAGCAAUUGAUUUUUGUCGCUCCGCCUUUAUCGGACGCGGACGCGGACGCGGACGUGGACGUGGACGUGGACGUGAGUUGUAACAAACGGCAGUCGCCGUUGAGUAAACGCGCUUCGCUUGCACGUACAGAAAAACUGACGUAUUCGAAUUUCACUAGUAAUUGGAGUCCUGUGAUGUCAAGAGGUUGAUACUAGCAGGAAAAAGAGGGAGAGAGAAAGAGAGAGAGAGAGAGAGAGAAAGAAAAGAAGGGAAUCUGGUUCGCGAACGCAGCAAACGGCGAAAAGGGGGGACAGAGAGAGAAAGAGAGAGAGAAAAUUUGUAGAAAGUGUGCAUGUGUGUGCGUUUCAAGUGUGUGUGUAUGUGCGUGUGCGCGCGCGCGCUUGUGUGAAUGUGUGUAUAAGUAGUGAAUGGUAGAGAAAGAAGAUGCGCGUGGAAGAGAAAGAAAGAGAAUGGAAACGAAAAAAAAGAGUGCCGUCGACCUUCGCUUUUGUAAAAAUGGAGCGACGAGGGCUGACGCUGGCAAGGGAGCGGAUGAGUGCGCGCACGCGCUUUAUACCAAUUACAUACAGGCUAUCUCCUCUCGAACGAGCUCGAAUUCUCUCUCGAAGCAUCUCGCCAUUCUCGCCGCGGCAAGGGAUUUCGUCGCAGCGUUACCCGGGUAACGCCCCCUCGAGCACAGUGCCGCCCCCGUCGGCACGUACAUUCAUACAUUGUACAAUUGUCGUCCGUCAUUUCUCGGAGCCCGCUCAGCCCGCGCAAGGACUUCCACGUAUACAGUGCUAUAUGGCACCGUUCGUGCGCUUUGACCGAAUCGCGUUAAAAAAAAAAAAAAAACCCAAAAAAGAAAGAAAAAAAAAGUGACACUGUGUCCCGCUAUAACAAAGGGACAGACAUCGAUAGAGAAGAAAGUCAAGGUAAAGAAAGUCGCGUCGCGAGUGACCACGAACGGGAACGAAUCGACUGACGAUGUGCCCUGCCUUCUGUCGUAGUCAUGAAACGAAAGAAGGCGACGCCUACCCGGCCUACCGCGAAGAUGACACUCGUGGCUCGUGAUUCGUUUACGUGAUACGGGUCGAGUUCGAUCGACCAUCGGGCGGUUAAACGAAACGUUGAUUAUGCGGGUAAAUCGAGCAAUGUGGCGUGCUACAUCCGUCGUCGUUGCCGUCAAGUGCCGUCGCGUGAUGGAGCCGUCGCGUUACGACUACGACGCGUUAUUCGGAACGCGAUGCGUUCGUAUGUUCGUACGUUCGUACGUUCUCGGCACGCGACAUCGCAAUCGUUUAUAUUGCGACGGUUUCCGCGGUUCAUGACCCCGGGGGUCAUCGCGCGAUAAUCUCGAGUUCUCCGGAGAACUUUGACGCGCGUGCGUUUGAUUCGCGGCACGCAUGGAUCUCUCAUUGGACACACGCGGCCAGUCGAUUCUAAGGACGAGUGCUUCUGAGACUUCCUAUGGUCUUUUGGCACGUUUGCAGCAGUUUCGAGCAUUAUCCUUAUUGCCUAUGGAGGAUUAAUAUUAUUAUAUUGUACUGGUGUGCCUGGUUUGACUAAAUAUUUUUCUGCUUUAUCUUUGUCUUCCAUCUGUAAGAGAUGUCAUCCCGAGAUUAUGAUAGAAGAAGAGGCACUAGCAGCAGCAAUUCAAGCAGGCUGCGAAUGGACACGAGUGUAUCACAAUCCAGACCACAUGGCGAGAGUUCUAAUAAGCGAAAAGAGAUAGAUAGCGUAAUGCGAAAAGCACGCGAGUCACACUCGAGCUAUUGGAACAAGAAGCUAUUGGAAGCAGAGGAACGAGAUCCAAAUAGGUGGCGUCACAGUGGAUACAAGGAAUUAUAUGUUGGUAGUAGCAGUGAACCUAGCAGAGGACAUCCCAAGAGUCCGAGAAGUCCAAGAUCUCGUAGCCCUCACAGUCCACGACCGCGCAGUCCUCGAACGAGAAGUCCACGAUCACCGCGUGAACGUUCUUCCCGCGAACGCAAUAAAAAUAGACAGACUGCUCGUAGCUCUACCACGGGCAGUACAUGUUCUGACAGAUCAUGUUCCGUUUGUUCACCGAAAGAACGACGACGCGUCGCGCCAUUAUCUCGUUCGCAUUCGAGAUCAGUUAGUCCGAUACGAACUAGAACACAUCCCAAAGAAGUAAUCGCGUCGAGUUCACGGACCUUACAGCCGCGCACGAGACCACGAUCACCGCCCUUGCCACGACCACGUACACCACCACCGGCACCGCAACCGCCGUUGCGUCAUCAGAAGGAUUACAAAAACAUCAAAGAGAAAGAAACCAAGGUUCGUCGUAAAGAGAAACAUCACAAUAGAUUGCCAGAAGAUCCACGAGUACCAGAUCCUAUCUCAUUGAUACGUAAACCAGUAAAAGUAGAAAAAACACAUGGUACGAGUCAUGGAACAUCACAAGUAAUACGGCCUGCACCAGAAUCUUCACCCAGCGACGAUAGCGAUAGUUCCUCGACUACAUCCCAUGUAGGACCACCAAAAAUGACAUUAUCCGAAAGAUUUGGUAAAAUGGCACAGUGGAGUGUAGAUCGUAGAGACAUGGAAAAUAUGCGUAUCACGAAAGAUGGAGAGAAUGCGAUGAAGGUCGUUAUAGAAGGCGAGGAGAGAAUUGCGCGUUUAGGUUACGACUCGCCACCUCCUGGUCAUUAUCCUGAAUCACUUUUAGCACAAGGUCCAAGAGGUUUCGAAUGUUGGGAUGAUGUUCGCGUACGAUAUGAUUAUUACAAAGCGAGAGGAUAUCUUCGUGAUCUUACUCUCGAUGAUUAUAUCAAAUGGGAAGAAUGGUGGUACAAGUAUCAAGAAUGGCUAGAAGCUGAACGUUUCUACGAACAGUGGGCUUCGUCAAAUCGUUCGUCUGGCAGUAGUCGCAAGAGACGAGGACGACGCAAUAAUGUUACUCACUAAAGUAUAAGUCUCUGUUAUAAUUUACACUCGAUUUAUUGACAAAAUAUGCAGUGAUAUCUGUAAGCUUAGAGUACAUAAAACAAAUUAUAUAUAUAUAUAUACAUAUAUAUAUAUAUGUAUGUAUAAGCUAUAUAUCGUAAUAAAAAGGAUUAUGCAAAACGUA